UCGAUUCUUCUUUCCCAGCCCAAAUUUAGACGCCCAGUGUGAACAUCAAGAGAAGUUAGUUGAAGAGGAAGAGCAGCGCGAUGGCGUCCGCCUCAGCGGUUCUUCUGCUCCUGUCUUCGGGUUUAUUCACGGUAACAGACGGUUUUGGAGAUGACUGUAAGAGCUAUUUCACCAGGGAUAACGUGUACAGGUCUUCGAUUAGCUGCAGGUAUUUGGAGCACUGCUGUGGAAGCUGCGAUCACAGAUACUGCUGCUCCUCUGAAUCUUCGAAGUUAUCCGAUGAUAUACAAGAUAUGUGCACUAUUUUUUAUAGGAUAAGCAGAGAAGGCCCUGCUGGCACUGACAGCACACCACUGCCUGAGAUGCUUCAUAGCAGCAAAACCAGUAUUGCCGUUACUUUAUCAAUAGUAGGGGCUGUGGUCUUCGUCAUCUUUUUCUUCAUCUGCUGUUGCUGCUGCCCCGGCUGCUGUAUCUAUCAAACGUGUGUAAAACCCAGACCUGUGGAUGAAACACAUGUAACUACAGUCAUGAAUACACAAUCCAUUCAGCCGCAGCCGGUAAUGCAGGGAGGCCAGUAUCCACAAUACCAACCAGUGCCGACUCAAGCAGGUUACUGGGGUCAGCCUAUGCAGACAGCACCAUAUCAGGGACAGUCAUAUGCACCAGGACCCCCACCCUCGUAUCACGUGGCCACGAGUCCUGGAUAUCCCACUAUUCAGGGUGCAUAUAAUGGAGGCCAGGCCAUGUACCCCAUGAAGUCACCUGACCAGCCGGGUGCUGCUCCUGUCCUUUCAGAGACAUUGAAUCAGCCGGCUUACAACCCCGACUACAUGCAGCCACCAAAAACCGGUUACUAAACCACAACCAUCUGUCAAAUCAGUCAUUGCUGGAUUGUGGAGUUUGACGCAGUUUCGCAAGGCAGUAAAAAUGUGCAUUAUACAAGACUAUGUGCUAUGGUCAGGGUUAUUAGUUUUUUAAUUUUAGUUAUUUAGUUUUAUUUCAAUUUCUUUCAUUUUAUUAAAAAAUAAAUAAAUGAUUACUAUAGAAAGUUUUACAUGAAAAUGUACAAGCAAUGAGUGAAAAUAGUUUCACACAUUAAAAGAAAAUGCAGUUUAAGAUUUAUAUUAGUGUUUUCUGCCUUCGGUAUUAAUAAUUCUGCUAUACACUGAUAUACAAUAUAAAAUUAAAUAUACUAAAAAUACAAAAAUGUAAAAUAUAACUUGCCAUCUUUAUUUUAUUUUCAUUAUUUUUGUUAGUUAAUUUUCUUUAGUUACAGCUCAUGUAAUUCUGUUGAGUUUGCAUAAAGGUUUUUUUUUCUGAAUUUCAAAUGGCAGGAAGUGUGAUUAUAUAUAAAGGAAGUGUCAACUAUUUUUUUUCCUUUUGAGGGUAUAAAUGCAACCGCGUUUUGAAUAACAAUGAGUGUCACAAAACUUUCACAAUUAUGUCAUGAGUCCCACUGACAUUCUGCACCAACAAGUUUAAACCCACACACUCGUUUUCAAGCACAGAAUGGCUGUUAAGUUAGGAAAAACAUUACUUUUUUCACCUUUAUUAAAGCAUUAAGAAACCCCCGUCCCAACA